GCCUCUCUGAAUAUCAAUCAAGUUGAAUGAAUAAUGGGCUCUACGACUCUUCUUCGUGGCUUCAAAGUUUCCAUCAGCACCCUUGAUGCCUUCCUCUACGCCAACGGCGUAUACGAGACAUACGGAACUCCCCCGUUUUACAAAGAUCAUCCCGACAAAGAUGAAAUCUCGAAGCUAUUCUACACCAAGAUCACACAAGCAGGUGGAACUGCGGACAAGAAUAGGUUCCGGGUCAUGAUUCCCUUGAUGGAGGGCCAUGACAAGUCCACUGUUGCGUACGUUACUUAUGCCUGGCUCACGGUCUACGCACAUCGCGAGGUUCUUCUGGAUGAAGAUCUUCCCACUGCCGUUCCUGAAGGAUUCGAACAGUUGAGGCGAGAGAUCUUGUCGUUCGGCGAAAAGCUCGAGGACGAGGACAAAAUUGCCGACGAGGGCAAGAUGGGGCUGUUCUUGGUUCACAUAUACGAGAUUCGAGGUUUAUACACACCCCAAGAAAUGCGUGAAUGGGCAAAGGUUCCUCAGUACUGUGACCGGUGUGAUGCUGUGUUUGACGAUCCUUAUCAAGCGUUUACUCAGCGACAGCUGCAUCGUAGAGAUGUGCAUGGAUCCAAGGAGAGCACUUGUCCACUUCCUGAGGGUUAGGUAAGAGUGGGGAAAUGUUUGCUUAAUCUUCAAUAGCCAUUAGGUAGAUAUGCAUUAGGAGUACAUUCAAAUCGGCCUCAUCAUUAGUUCCAUACAAGCUCGCGUCUCACCCGAAGACAAUCAACUCCGACAACCCAUCACAUACUCAUGACCAAAUGAUUCAAUCAA